GAAUGUUCGCGCGUAGAGCGACAAACCUCCGCGGCUCGCAGCGUCCGUCAGCGCGCUCCGGCGGUGCGUGCGAUCGUAGGUCUCCACCUUCAGUUGCGUCGGCGCGGCGACGAUGACGACCGAGGCCCCGAAGGUGGAGUUCGCGCUCGGCAGCGAGGUCUCGCCGAGUCGCUUCUUCAAGAGCGCGUUCGCGCGAAACUUCAUCAACAGCGGCCGCGACUGCAAGUCCCUGGAUUACGAGCUGCUCGACAACGUCGCGACCGGGGGGAACGAGGAGGAUCGCAACAACAACGGCCGGAACAACAAUUUCUUCUCGCUGAAUUUCGCGGACGGCAAGCCGGCGAACGGCGGCGGCGGCGGCGGCGGCGACGACGCCGCCGCGGCGCGAGCCGCCGCUCUCUGGGAGCAACCGAAGCCGAAGGAGGCGGCACAGCCGGCCACGGAUGCGAAUGAAUUGGAGAAACUUCGAAAGCAAUGCCAGUCGUUGAAGAAGGAAAACCGGAGGUUGCAGAGCGCCUUCCUGCAAAACGUCUUUCUUCAAGCGCGAGUCGACACGCUCCAAUGGCAGGUCAAACAGGUCGAAUCGAACAGGCAAAUGUACCGUUCGACGAUGGAACAGGUCGCCCAUUUCCUGGGCCGGGCUCACAGGAGCCUGGAGAUCCUACACGCCAAGGAGAAUCCCAAGGACAAGAGACGUGUGCCGCGUAGCCGCAGCGUGCACACGGUGGUGCACACGACGGAUCCGUCGCCGAGUCGCGGCGCCGCGAUGCAGUCGCCCUCGUCGUUGUCGUCGUUGACCGUCUCGCCGUUCACCCGUGCCAAAUCGGUCACGCAGAUCGGAUCGCCGAACGCUACCUGCUUCCGCGAGUUCACCUGGUCGGUUCUGCGAAGGAACGACCCGGUGCACUGCACGUCGCCGCGUGUCAAGCCGCCGCUGGAUCUCAAUAAAACGAUCAACGACGUUCCCGAUAACGUCGUCUAUCGCGAACCCAAGCAGACGGAGCUGAACCCGGACGAGAUACCGCCGGAGAAGCUGUCUCAGGAGGCGUUUAGGUUACUGAGGACUGUCGAGUCCCUGUUGACGAUGCGAGAACCCGAUUUGGCGAGAAUGACGCCGGUCGAGGAAAACGGAUCCUCUCCUUCUCCUACGGUGGACCAUCAUCGUCAUCACGACACGUCUUUCUCCCUGUCGAGCAGCAACUUCGUCAACUCGACAACCCUGCCAGAGGCCACUGCCUCUUCCGGAUGUUCCAGCAGCAGUCGCGGAAACGAGUCGAGCAGCGGUCACCAGGGCGACAGUAGAUCGCCGAGCCUCGUCAAAACGUCCGUCACCGAGUUCGCCCGAAAUCUGCAGAGCUUCAUGCCGAGCGUGAGAAGAUCGCCCGACACUGCCUCCUGUAAUUCGAGUAGCAGUAAGACGACGGAGGAGGAGGACAUCGUCGCGCUCACCGCGUCGUCGAACGGAGUGACAUCCAACGGCACGCCGAUCUCGACGCUCAGCAGGGCCGCGAAGCGGCUGGAGAAGAAGGAGUCCGCGGGACUGGCCGGUAAAUCUAAAGUGAAGCCGGCCAGCAGUCCGGUGAGCAGCGCUGAGGGUGAAAGUGGAUUCUUCUCGAUCAGCUCCUUCCAGGAGGUGGGCCUGCCCGCCUCGGCGGCCCUGUCGAGCACGCCGAUCAAGGGCUGCCACACCGAGGUGGGCCUGCCGGAAGUGCCCCUGGACAAGACCAGGCACCGACGGUGGUCCUCCACGCCUGCGGAGUUCCAGGCGCUCUUCAAGCAGCACCGCGCCAGCUUCGGCGGCACGCCGCAAACCGCCACCGAGUCCGUCAGCGUCUGCUGGGUAUGAGGGUGUCGCGCGGUUGCCCCGCGCGCCGAUUAUGAUCCCACCGCAAGCGAUCAUCGUCAUGGUUUCAGCCGGAUCUCGCAGACUAGACUAGCUCGUACCGCGCGAGCGCGAUUUUUCAGGAAUGACACUUAGAUAAAUCGAUAGGGAAUAUCGCAGUAAUUGUAAAUAAUAACUUCUUUACGCAGUCGCUUCUUUUGUUACAUUGACAAAGUAUGAGUAGAGUAGUACUGACGAAAGCGAACGAUGGAUUCAAUUGCGUUCGAUAAGAUUGAGUGUGACGUGAAAAACGUUAUUUCGUCGCUACACGGUGCGAUGCAUGCAGUUUAUUAAACUUUCUUACGAGAAAAUUUUCUAUCGGAAUGCGUUAACGAGAGUAAGAAAGCGCAUAAAGAAAAUAAGGAAAUAAGGAAUUGAUAUACCAUGCGUAACUGGGCGAGUUUCGUUGAUGCGGCCAUUUCUGUAAGUAUAGAAAAGAAGAAUAGUGUAAUCCCGACGUUUUUGUAAUCAGCCAUAUCUCUUGUAGUUUCAUCACUGAUAUGAAUUCCGUACAUAUCAAUAUCUACCAUGAAACAUCUACCCUGUCCCUGCACGCGCGAUUAUCAAUGGCUUCGUUCGCAUGACAAUAACUUCAUUCGUCAGAAAUUCACGGGCAAGUUUGAGAAGCCUUAAAUACGUUUUGUUUUUUUACAAUCGUUUCUAUUUUCCGUCAUUGAUUAUUUAAUAAAUUAAUUAUUUUUGGAUUCGAGUUAAACUGAUUCAAUUCAAACGUAACUAAAGCGAGUUUAAUUUGUAUACUAAUAUAUCGCAAUGUAGAUCAAAGUUAGCGUAUAUAAUUCGAUUUAGUAGAUGCAUAACAAUUCAGAUUCGAAAGUAUGCAAAAAAGAGAUUUUUCAUCUCAAUCGAUGAAUCGGAAUCUGCUGCAAAUACUUUUGCGAAAACUACAUUCUGUUACGAUAUUUCUGUUAUUAUUUUCGUGCAUGUUAAUAGCGACGCAAAAUAUUUUCAACCUAAACUCCACCUGUUUGUAUCUAAUUGGAACUGAUAACCCGCACGACAAUUAUCUCAUUCAAUGCUGUUACAUCGUUCAUAAUGUGACUCUUAAUUUUUAAGAUUUUUUGACAUUGAUGGACGAAAGUAUUAUUCUCACAACAGUUCAUUGUACGAAUGUAUACUCUAAUUCGCGAGGACAACAUAUCUUUUAAUGUAAUGAAACGGCGUGAUCUAAGACUAUCAUAGUUCUAGAUUUUACGAUAUUGCGUUCUCUACAUAUUCCUCAUUGUGCGUAAUUUGUCAUUUUCAUUCGUAAUUAUAUAAUACAACGCUGAAUAUCAUGCCAAAA